AGUACACGACAGCACGGUUGAAGGUGAACGAGGAGCAACUCGAAAGCGGAACAGGCUGCGGGAGCUUGUCGUCCCCGGCGGAAGGAAGCAACGUGCCAUGUCCGCCGUGAUUGACUUGGAUGGGAACAUGAAGCAAAGAUUCCAUUUGCACGACGCGCGUCGCUCCCGUCGUGGCUUCUUGUGGAGUUACCUGAAGAAGCGAGUCGAAGGUGUGUGAGGUGUGCUGGACAAGUUUGAAGAGGCUCCUGCAUGCCUGCUGGAUGUGCAUGGCGCCAUGGAGACAAACUUAAGACUGCGAGCCUUGAUGGUCAUCUGGUGGAUUGUUCAAGGUGACAGCCAGAAGGUGGAAAUCCCGCGGCAGGAGAUGGAGGUGGUCAAGGGCCAGAUGGUGGUGCUGCAAGCCUGGUACAGCCCCAGUUCGGAUAUUUCCAAAAACACCAUCAUUUGGCAUUUCAUUGGAAACCACUCCAAGCAGGUGAUCAACUUCAGCUCGGGGGAGGUGGGCCACGGACAGAAUGACUUCAGCACUCGGGCGGGCUUCAGCGCCGCCAUGCCCUCCGCCAACCUCUCCAUCUUCAUCAACAACACGCAGGAGACGGACUCGGGGUCCUACGUGUGCGACGUCAUCAUACCCGGAGGCACCGGCCUUUCUGGACAGAUGCGUCUUAAUGUCAAAGUUCCGCCGUCCCCUCCGGUGUGCACCAUGACUGGCGAGCCCGUCGUCAACGGCAACGUGACGCUGAGCUGCAAGUCCACUGAUGGAAAGCCUGUCCCUCAGUACAAGUGGACCAAGACUGCCCCCAUGCAGGAGGUCUUCUUUUCGCCAAUGCAGAACGAGAGACAAGGAACCCUGCGGCUGAGCAACCUGACCAAAAGCAUGUCGGGGAAGUACAUCUGCCGAGCCAGCAACACAGCCGGCACAGACAGCUGCUCCAUUAACCUGGAGGUUAUCACCUCUUCCAACGCGGGCAUGAUAGCGGCAGCCACGCUGGGCUCCAUGGUGGGACUGGUCGCCAUGGUGCUCUUCCUCAUAUUCGUCCUGAGGAGGAAGCGGGACACUGAAGAGGAGACAGCCAACGAGAUCAAAGAGGACGCUCAGGCUCCGAAGCGAGUUUCGUGGGCAAAGAGCAACACGGGCUCGGACAUUGUCUCCAAAAACGGCACGCUGUCGUCCAUCGCCACCAGCCCUCGGCCCGCCGACCACCACCACCACCGCCAACCGGCCUUCAACUACCCCUACUCGCCCUCGUCCACCACCGACACGGGCUCCGUCAUCAACGCCUACCAGCUCCGCCCGGGCGAGGCUAACACCCUGCGUGGCCUGCCGGGUUACAAUGCGGGCGGGACCCCGUCGCGGAAACAUAAGCGGCCCCCCGCCGCUAACGGGGGCCCGCCCCAGUUGGUCCGCAUGCCCCCCGCCAGGACGGAGGGGGCUCAGCCUCAGACGCCGCCCGCCUUCACGGCGUCCCCGCGGGCCAGCUCGUCAUCCACGCUGACCCGGGCGGGCACGGUGGCCGUCAUGGUGCCUGCGCAGAGCCAAGCGGGCUCCCUUGUGUAGCCUCUGAUUGGACAGCAAAGAGGGGGCGGGCUCUAAUGUUUUUCUGCCUUGUGAUUGGACUUCUCUGUGACCUCCUGCAAGGACAUUCUAUUCAUUCAUACUACUGACUUGGCACAUUUUUUUUUAUUUUCCGGAGAGCAAACAGCUUAGGUUGUGUAGUUUUCAGGCACAUUCUCGUUGAGGUUUCUCAGGCUUUGUAAAAAAGAAGCUUCAAUUAAAAGCAAAGGGAAAAAAAACCCCACAAAAUUACAAUUCAGGUUUUUAUAGAGAAUUUAAUGGUUGUGGAGCAUAAUGGAUGUGUUGCCCGUGAUAGAUGGAAUGUAAGCAAAAAGAAAAAUAGUGAACAUAGUUGAUGGUGUUGGAUUGUUUUCGGUGAUUACUGACAGCUAAUGUACGAGGGCCCGGGGACAUCCCGUAAUGGGCCCCGCUUUCCGCUGGUUGUGUAGUGGGAUUUAGACGACUGAAAAAUUCUGUAUACAUAUGGUGUUAUUUGCAAAUGUUGAGCAGCUACAUGGAGCAUUUGACAGUUCGGAUGGUUGCCAGUUGU